AGUGCCGAUGAACGACACAGGUGAUGGACACCUGUGGUCGGGGGACCUAGCAAUACCAUUAACCCCACUUGGAUCACACUUGAUCUCGACUCCAUCUUUUGUUCCUUUCUCCAUCCAUCAUUUUCUAGUAGCAGCGUAGCGCCAUAUAACUUCAUCGUCAUUGCUCUCUCUUUUACAGGAAACUGAUAUCAAGCAUCGCAACCUCUUGCUUCCUCCUAGUAGUAGCUACGAAGCUGCAGGUCUUUUAUCUUUUUUUUUUCUCCGCCGUUCUAGGAGCCCACUGGCGGCAUCAGUUUUCUUCAUCCUGAUCGAUACGAACUGAGUGAAAUUUAGCAUCUUUAUUCAAACUUAUCUGCUCUGCGCCCCAUGAACAGGAUCUGCAGAGGCUUUACGUUGUCGGAUCCUUCCUUGUUUGUUGGUUACAGAGCUAGGGUUCAAUCAAGUCUGAAAAUGUCGGCUGUAAAUAUUCCUUCAUCUUGCUUGCCGAGAGCUUCACCCAGUGUGCAAUCCCGUGCCUCGAGUAAUCAGGGAUUAUGCUCUCUGGUCUUUCUGAAUAAUAAUGAAGUUUCCAGAGCGUUGGGUAUGAAGCCGUCCUCCACCUUCAGAAACACCUCAACGGCUGCAUACAAAGUGAAACUGAUAACCCCGAGCGGCGAAGAGAAUGAGGUUGAAGUUGGCGAUGAUGAGUACAUCCUGGACGCAGGGGAAGGUGCAGGAAUGGAGCUGCCAUAUUCUUGCAGAGCCGGUUCCUGUGCUACCUGUGUGGGGCAAAUUGUUUCAGGAUCAGUAGACCAAUCAGAGGGGUCAUUCUUGGAUGAUACUCAAAUUGAGAAGGGAUAUGUUCUUACGUGUAUUGCCCGCCCUACUUCUGAUUGUGUGAUUUACACACACAAGGAGGAAGAUCUCCAUAGAUGAUAGAACAUCAACAUUUAAAGUGGCAGUCGUGGUUAGUCGUGGAGAUUGGUAGUUUUCUACAGUUGCCUUGAUGAGUAAAACUUGGCUCAGAAUUUUCCAAGAAUAUGUUACCAAUUAUUGCUUUUUAUUUAUACACUGUGAGUGUAUAUAUUAUUACGAUUGGGGACUGCUGCUGAUUAUUUUCGCUUGAUUGUAAGCGCAUCGGAAUAGUCUUAAUUUAUUUUGUUCUAACCAUGAUUUUAUUUAGAUUUUGGAGUUGGCAAAUGGACGGGCUGGGUGGAUUUCACCGGGGUUUGAAAGAUUGGGUAGAAGCCUGUUCAACUCCAUCCUUUUCGUGGGUUACUAUUGGCAGGGAACUAAUAGAUUUUGGUGUCAUGGACUCUGUGGUUGCCCAACUAAAAAUGUUCACUU